AUGCUUUCUUCAGCAUUUGUGCUCUUCCCUCUACCGUUGCGUGUUCGUACCUCACACAAAUUCGUUAGCAAACCUUCUCUCGCUCAAUCUUUCACUUCGCUGUGUGGCGUCAGAAUGCUUAACGGAACGCCAAAGCGCAGCAACUCGACCAUGUCAAAUCUCUCUUCGUCCGCUCAGAACGAAGCCACACCGGAAAUGUGGUUCGUGGAACAUCUAACCCCACAUGACGUCUACCAUCACGGUAUCCGCGAGCUCCUACAUGCCUCUAGAAGCGCGUACCAAUCUAUAACCGUCGCAGAAAUCGGCGCCUAUGGUCGCGCCCUCUUUCUUGACGGCAAGAUCCAAACCGCCGAGCGCGACGAGCACCUCUAUCACCAACCGCUCGUCCACGUUCCCUGUAUACAAGUCGCAUCUCCUCGCAACGUCCUCAUACUCGGUGGCGCCGACGGAGGUGCCGCUAGGGAAGCACUGCGCUGGAAAUCCGUUGAACAUGUCGUCGUCGUGGAAAUUGACGAACAAGUUGUUGACGCAUGUAACAAGUAUCUCCCGAAAAUUGGACGCGGUUCCUUCAACAGUGAGCGAUGUCAACUUAUUAUUGGCGAUGCUCUCGAUUUUGUCGGCAACUGCAAAUCUGAGUAUGACGUUGUUAUCUGCGACCUAACGGACCCUGUUGAAGACGGCCCGAGCUCGAACCUUUUCAGUAUCGAGUUCUUUAAAAAGAUAAAAGCCUGCAUGUCCGAACGCAGCGCUCUUUCGAUACAGGUUGGACCAGCAUCUCUUGUGGAGAGCCCCACACUCAUGCCGCGAAUCUGCGCUACUCUUCGCGCCGCUUUCGGAGUUGUCCACCCGUAUCAGAUCUUCACUCCUACGUACGGCUCUCCUCUCGGAAUGGCUGUAGUGCACCGGGUUCCUCAAGAGAUUCGAGGAACUGCUGAAGCAGAGCAGCUGCUUUCCCAGGAAGUUGAGGGGGAUCUCUCCGCGCUUGACGGCCCUGCAUUCUCAGCACUCUUCGCGCUACCGCCAUGCACUAGAAAGGCUAUUGAAGAGGAGCAAGAAAUUAUUACUGAGCAAAACACAGCUGUAGCGUAUGGACCAGCCGUCAGCAAAACAAAAUAA